AUGUAUAAAUAUAAACAACUUAUCGAUGCUACAGAUAAUUAUGUAAAAAAUUUGAAAUUAGAACAACAAGAGAUUAAAAGUAACUUAAAAGAUAUUAAUAAAUUAAAAGAUUUAAUCGAAACUACUAUUAAAAAUAUACCAGAAACAAUUGAUGCUCCCACAGAAAUGACAAAUUAUGUAAAUAUUUUUGGUUUAAAAUUGUGGGAAAGAAAAUUCAAAACUUUUAUUAAGGAAGCAAAUCCACAUAAAGAUUCUGAUAAACAAUAUUAUCAAAAUGUUAUAAGCGUAUUGGCUGAUCAAAUUAAAGACAAUAAAAAAAAAGAUUACAAUCAUAUAGUUAAUGAAUUAGAAAAUAAAAAGGCUGAUUAUAGCAAACAAUUGGAGACUACUGAAUUUAAUCUAGAUAAAUUGUCAGUAGAUUUACCGGGACAAGUUGAAAAAAUUAACAUUGAAAUUAAUAAAUUGUACAAUGAAAUUGAAGAUUUAGAAAAAGAUUCACUGGAAGCCUAUACUAAGUAUGGUCUAAAGGGAAGUGCAUUUGUAGAAUGCUUGAUUAAAGUACGUACAGUUAGCAAAUGUAUUAACGAGGAAGCGUCAAUUUAUUUGCCAUUGGAAAACAUUUUAACAAGAAUACAAUUGUUUGUCAAAAUGCACAUUGAUUAUUUAUGUGAAAGCGAAACAAAAUAUGAUAUCUUUAUUGCCGGACAAAUGUUGAUACGAAAGGUUGAGUUUCUGUCUCAUUAUAAUGUAAUGGCUGUCGAAUCUAAACUUUAUAAAUUUGAACCGCCAUACAUAAUACCGUCAUCGAUGACCAAAUUAUCAACUAUUUGA